UAAUAUUGCUGGACUCUAAAGCACAACAGACAGAGUUGGAAUGGAUUUCCUCUCCUCCCAAUGGGUGGGAAGAAAUUAGUGGACUGGAUGAAAACUACACUCCUAUACGAACAUACCAGGUAUGCCAGGUGAUGGAAUCAAACCAAAACAACUGGCUUCGGACUAACUGGAUUGCAAAAAACAAUGCACAAAGGAUUUUUGUAGAACUGAAAUUCACUCUGAGGGAUUGUAACAGUCUUCCUGGAGUUCUGGGGACUUGUAAAGAAACUUUUAACUUGUAUUAUUAUGAAACAGACUACGACACUGGCAGGAAUAUCCGAGAAAACCAAUAUGUAAAAAUAGACACUAUUGCAGCAGAUGAAAGUUUUACCCAGGGUGAUCUUGGGGAGAGAAAAAUGAAACUUAACACAGAGGUGAGAGAAAUUGGACCUUUGUCCAAAAAAGGAUUCUAUCUGGCAUUUCAGGAUGUAGGGGCCUGUAUUGCUUUGGUCUCUGUCAAAGUCUACUACAAGAAGUGCUGGUCCAUCAUUGAGAACUUAGCUAUUUUUCCUGACACAGUGACUGGCUCAGAGUUUUCCUCUUUAGUUGAAGUACGAGGAACUUGUGUCAGCAGUGCAGAGGAGGAGGCAGAGAACUCGCCGAAGAUGCACUGCAGCGCAGAGGGAGAGUGGUUAGUGCCUAUUGGAAAAUGUAUCUGCAAAGCGGGAUACCAACAAAAAGGAGACACCUGUGAACGUAAGUAA